AUGUCUGUGGACAUCGUGCACAAUUUCUUUAAUUGGCUAUCCAUCGAAUGGGAAUUAUGCAGUAUCAGUACAGAUAGAAGAUUUCGUAAAUCUACUACUGCCCUGAGUAGCAUUCCUCUACAGUUCAUUGUUACAGUAACUUCUGACGGCGCCUGUUAUUUGGAACCAAAUUUUACGUCUCCUACUCCUGCAGAGGGAACUGUGAUACAAGUUUACAACGGAUCAUUACAGUUUAAAGCAAGAGCCAGUAUUACUUUUUCAGAUGAAAGUAUAACUAAAUUUCAUAUUUUGUCACCACUUGAUUUUACGAUAUCUGACAUCUCUAAUCCCGUGCUUUACGAAUAUGAAACAACUAUUUCACUUACGGAAAUAACAGCAGAGGAAAUCGGAAUACACGUCUUGUGUUUUUCAGCAGAAUCAAAUUAUCGACGCUCUACCAUAUCCCGAUGCAUAAGAGUUAAUAUUACAGAUAUCGUUGACAACUGUUUUGGCGAUCCAUGUCAGAACAGUGGAACCUGUGUGGAUCUCACUAAUGAUUACCGGUGCCAGUGUCUCUCUGGAUUUACAGAUAAAAAUUGCUCAACAAAUAUCAACGAAUGCAUGGAUGAGCCUUGUGAAAACAAUGGAACAUGUGUAGAUUUGAUAAACAACUACGAAUGUCAAUGUGUUCCUGGGUUCAAUGGAUCCAACUGUGAGGAGAAUAUUGAUGAAUGUGCUGAAAGUCCUUGUCCGAACAAUGGAACAUGUGAGGACCUCAUCAAUGAUUACAACUGUAGCUGUGUUCCUGGAUUUAAUGGAACUAACUGCGAGGAGAGUAAGUAA